CCCAUUUAUUUUUCCCAAUAAUCAAAGACUUGUGGAUAGAAUAUAGAGAAUAGCACCCACAUGUUCUCAUCUCAAUUAUUUGAGAAAUGGUAGCUUGAAGCUUCCCAACACCUUCUAGCUUCACAACACAAAAGUCUGUUUUGUAUUCUCUAGUAAUUGUUUCCAAUCCAAUCCAAGUUUUCUUUUGGAAUUGUAAAAAAAAGAAAGAUCAAAGAUGUCUGUCCCUGUUCUCAUCUCUGCUGCUCAGGUGAUCCUGAAUCCCUUGAUUCCACUAGCAACUGAACAGAUCAAACUGGCGUGGGGUUUCAAGGAUGACCUUCGAAGGCUUAAAGAUAGGUUGGAAUUCGCACAAGCUCUGUUAUGUGAUGCUGAGAACCACCGAGGACGAGUAAAUCUAAAAAUCAUGCAAGUUUGGCUGAAGAAACUCAACUCUGUUGCAUGUAGUGCGGAUGACGUGCUGGAUGGACUUGCCUUUGAAGUCCUUUGAUGAAAGAUGGAGGUACAAAACCGAUUCAUGAGGAACAACAAGGUGAAAAGCAGGGAAGAUACAGAAAAGGCAAAAAUAUUAGGAAAACCAAACAUUUGUGAAUUGGGAUUUCACUGGGAUAGGGUGGGCAAUCCUUCAACAGCAGGAGACACUACUAGCAUUAACCACGAAGACAUGUUGGAAGGACUUAAACCUUGUGGGAACCUUAAGGUUUUAAAACUCAAGAAAUUUGAAGGACAAAAUUUUGUAUCAUGGAUGAUGAGUGGUAGAGAUGCGCAGUUGCUUCAAAAUUUGGUUAAGAUAGAAUUAUCCAAGUGCACAAGAUGUGAACAAGUCCCACCACUCGGACACCUUCCACAUCUUGAGGUUAUCAAAUUGUCUGGAUUAAGUAAUCUGAAACGUAUUGGUCCUGAAUUCUAUGGUUGUCACAGUGUUGUUAAUCAUGAUCAAUGUAACGAUGGCAUCAUCACUGGUAGCUAUAGUGGGGCAGUAACAACAGCAACAACAAAAGCUACGGCUGUUGUAUUUCAAGCACUAAGAGAACUUCAUCUAGAAGAUAUGCCGAAGAUAGAAGAAUGGUGUGGGCUUGGGGUAUCAUCAUCGUCGUUGGACACCACAAUGUUCUUUCCUCUGCUUGAGUUUGUUCGCAUUAGGUAUUGCCCUGAGUUGACUACAAUUCCAGGUCACUUGUUAUCCUUACAGGAAUUGAUUUGCAGUGAUUACGAGCGUUAUGACCUGCAUACGCAUCACCCUUCCUUGAGAAUAGAAACUUGGGGUUUGAAAUCGAAGAUUGGUGUUUUACUGGUAGAUUUGCUGGAAAAAAGCGGCAAAACCCUAAGAAUGCUGAUCAUAUGGAAUUGUGAAGAGCUAUGUGAAUUCUUAGAAGAGCUCGAAUAUUUCCCAUGGCCUUCCACCACCUUAAGUGCUGCAUCUGCAUCUGCAUCUGCUUCCAUUUCUGCUUCCGCUACUGCUACUGCAGAGGAGGAGGUUGAUGAUGAUGAUACCAAAUAUCACCCAAACCCCAAACACUACCCCUUCAUCUCCUUGGUGUCUCUGACUCUAUAUGGCUGGAAAAGGCUCAAGUAUCUGCCUGAUCAACUUCAGCACCUCACUACCUUGCGUGACUUGUCAAUUUUAGAGUUUAAAGGACUAGAAACUCUGCCGGAGUGGUUGGGUAACCUUUCAUCUCUUCAUUCUUUGGUGCUUACGGGUUGCAAGAAUCUGAUGAAUCUUCCCACCCUAGAAGCAAUGCAACGCCUCACCAAUUUACAAUCUUUGACAAUUCAUUUUUGUCGCCUUCUAAAGGAAAGAUGCGCAAGGGAAAGCGGCCAAGAAUGGCACAAGAUUGCCCAUAUUCCAGACAUUUUCAUUGCAAGGUAA